AGGGAGUUCAACUGGUCACCCAGAGCUGUCCUGUGGCCUCUGCAGCUCAGCAUGGCUAGGGUACUGGGAGCACCCGUUGCACUGGGGUUGUGGAGCCUAUGCUGGUCUCUGGCCAUUGCCAACCCUCUUCCUCCGACUAGUGCCCAUGGGAAUGUUGCUGAAGGCGAGACCAAGCCAGACCCAGAUGUGACUGAACGCUGCUCAGAUGGCUGGAGCUUUGAUGCUACCACCCUGGAUGACAAUGGAACCAUGCUGUUUUUUAAAGGGGAGUUUGUGUGGAAGAGUCACAAAUGGGACCGGGAGUUAAUCUCGGAGAGAUGGAAGAAUUUCCCCAGCCCUGUGGAUGCUGCAUUCCGUCAAGGUCACAACAGUGUCUUUCUGAUCAAGGGGGACAAAGUCUGGGUAUACCCUCCUGAAAAGAAGGAGAAAGGAUACCCAAAGUUGCUCCAAGAUGAAUUUCCUGGAAUCCCAUCCCCACUGGAUGCAGCUGUGGAAUGUCAUCGUGGAGAAUGUCAAGCUGAAGGCGUCCUCUUCUUCCAAGGUGACCGCGAGUGGUUCUGGGACUUGGCUACGGGAACCAUGAAGGAGCGUUCCUGGCCAGCUGUUGGGAACUGCUCCUCUGCCCUGAGAUGGCUGGGCCGCUACUACUGCUUCCAGGGUAACCAAUUCCUGCGCUUCGACCCUGUCAGGGGAGAGGUGCCUCCCAGGUACCCGCGGGAUGUCCGAGACUACUUCAUGCCCUGCCCUGGCAGAGGCCAUGGACACAGGAAUGGGACUGGCCAUGGGAACAGUACCCACCAUGGCCCUGAGUAUAUGCGCUGUAGCCCACAUCUAGUCUUGUCUGCACUGACGUCUGACAACCAUGGUGCCACCUAUGCCUUCAGUGGGACCCACUACUGGCGUCUGGACACCAGCCGGGAUGGCUGGCAUAGCUGGCCCAUUGCUCAUCAGUGGCCCCAGGGUCCUUCAGCAGUGGAUGCUGCCUUUUCCUGGGAAGAAAAACUCUAUCUGGUCCAGGGCACCCAGGUAUAUGUCUUCCUGACAAAGGGAGGCUAUACCCUAGUAAGCGGUUAUCCGAAGCGGCUGGAGAAGGAAGUCGGGACCCCUCAUGGGAUUAUCCUGGACUCUGUGGAUGCGGCCUUUAUCUGCCCUGGGUCUUCUCGGCUCCAUAUCAUGGCAGGACGGCGGCUGUGGUGGCUGGACCUGAAGUCAGGAGCCCAAGCCACGUGGACAGAGCUUCCUUGGCCCCAUGAGAAGGUGGACGGAGCCUUGUGUAUGGAAAAGUCCCUUGGCCCUAACUCAUGUUCCGCCAAUGGUCCCGGCUUGUACCUCAUCCAUGGUCCCAAUUUGUACUGCUACAGUGAUGUGGAGAAACUGAAUGCAGCCAAGGCCCUUCCGCAACCCCAGAAUGUGACCAGUCUCCUGGGCUGCACUCACUGAGGGGCCUUCUGACAUGAGUCUGGCCUGGCCCCACCUCCUAGUUCCUCAUAAUAAAGACAGAUUGCUUCUUCGCUUCUCACUGAGGGGCCUUCUGACAUGACUCUGGCCUGGCCCCACCUCCCCAGUUUCUCAUAAUAAAGACAGAUUGCUUCUUCACUUGAA